AUGGCCCACGCCAUCAGUCUGGACGACUUGCGAAAUGCAUCUCAAACCGGGAGCAAUGCUUCACCGACCGAUUUGACGUCCUCAUCUCGCCUUCCUCGCUCGAGGGAGGGAGCGAUAGACGCGCUCACACCGGAGAGACCUCGAAGACGUGGCAGAAGGAGGCGGAGCUCGGAGCAACCAGAUGCUGCGAUACACUGGUGGGAGCGUGCCAGCGACACUGACAAAGACGUUGACGAAGGCGGCUCACAGAAGAGUGUCCAAGACUUGUCAAGGUCAGAGCAGAAUUCACGCGCGCAGACCAAUGCCUCCCUCGCUGUCGGUCCAGGACAAGUGCCUUUUCACUCUGAGCCGGCCCAGCGACCUCAGCUUCACCUCAGGACCAGCUCAUACGGCGCCAACAAGGAGCUUCAAACGCCUUCGCAGGAAAUUCCACAGCCGAAAGACGACCCUGAGCCAAAUAGCCCCCCCGGGGCUCGAUCCCCAGCAGCGGACUUCCUCUCUGCUUUCGCCAGCUUGCACAGCGUGGUGGAUGCCAGCAUAAGCAGCGAUUCCAGCUGGUCCCUGGACCGAGCCAGAUCGCUGUCGCCAUCUCCAUUUCCAGCGUCAAACCCACAAGGUAUACAGCAAGCGACCAGCAACGCCGCUUUAGAGGUGCAGAGCACGCCGCACGCUUCCUCUUUGCCUAACGCUGUCCCACCGAUGCCUAUGCCUCUUGGUCUAGCGUCGGCUGCAGCUGCUCUGUACGGAAGCCAGGACGAUUCACAGCCCGCUGAGGCUGGGAUUGCGUCCAGAUACCCAAAGACCAAUGCUCGUUUACCGUCAUCCUUGCCCUCUCUUCCACCACGGAGCCUCGCGCGGGACGACGAAGGCGCGCUCAUCUGUGGAGGCCGCUUUCAACUCGGGCGCACCCUUGGCUUCGGCGGUUCCAGCACGGUCAGAGAAGCCUUGGAUCGAGGCGGCCCUCAACACAAAAUUGCAUCUGCGCAUCAAGCAGCUCGAGUCGCGGUGAAGAUCGUCCAAUUGGAGGCUCACGAGGAGGAGGCCGAAGCCGAGGCCGGUUUGUGGUCCUCUUUGCCGAGCCAUCCACAUUUGCUUCCGCUCCUUGAGCGAGAGGUUGUUGAGCCUUCAUCCGCUUCAGACAAACGACUGCUGUUUCUAGUAAUGCCGCUCGCGGAUGCCGGAAGCUUGUUGACUUUCGUCCGUGCCGAGGGCGGCUUGUCAGUCUCGAUCGAUGAGGCAGGUUCAAAUGGCGUUGUUAGUUCCUCCAGCUUACGAAGCCCGCAUGGUCCUCAUCACGCAAGGCCCCAAAGCACGUACACGAUCAACCGCUCUCCUUUGUCUAGCACAAGCAGCCGGACAGGGAGCGGAUUCUUGCCUGGGCGCGCUGGAGGAGCUGCACGGAUCUUGUCAGAUGGCAACGGAGUUGCAAUCAGCCCCAAUGGGCCGAGCAGCUUGACGGGUUCGCGCUACAGCGGUCAGUCUCCCGAAGGAUUGGGAGCGUCAGGAGGCCUCCUUCGACGCGCUUCGAGCCGAGCUGCACCCAAAUCACGAGGCAUCCCUCUUGCCAUCGCGCGCGACGUGAUGGCCCAGUUGUGCGCAGGUAUGCAAGUGCUGCAGUCUCUUCACAUUCGGCAUGGCGAUCUCAAACUCGAAAAUGUGCUUGGCCAGCAUGCGCCAAAUGGCAGGGGAGAAGACGGAAGGCGAUUGAUCUGGCGUCUGGCAGACUUUGGGCUAUCUUGCGUCGUUCGGAAACAUCAGGGAGCGAGCGAUGCGCAUGGAGUAGCCAGCCUCGAUACACGCAAGUCUCCAACGAGGCUCUCGGCAGCUCAUCCACUUCGGGCGAAGGGAGCAAGCGAGAGCGCCAUCCUGACGAAUGAGCAUGCAGCUGUAUCCAUUCCUCGUGGCGGCUCUCUGGCUUAUGCCGCGCCGGAAGCACUGCGCACCGCUACGGAGCAGUCCCAGCUGCUGCACGAAGCUUCGCCUUUUGCUACAGAUCACUGGGCUCUGGGAUGCAUCUUUUAUGCGCUCUUGGCCGGCCGGCUUCCUUUCACCGACUCAUUCGAGCCCCGGCUACAGCUGAAAAUCACACGUGGAGCAUGGUCUAUGCCAAGCCGUCUUGCGCGCCGCAACCCUCGUAGGAGUAGGACAUCCAGUAUGAGUGUCAGAGGAGGCAGCGCGGAUGCUCAGUGUAGCAGAUUGGCAAGCGCAGUGCAACCUAGCACCAGUGUGCAAAGCUUGACGAGUGACAUAUUUUCGGGGCCAGCCGGGCAUCAACUGCCAAGCCAGGGCUUAGGCGCGGCAUUCGACAUGAGCGCAAGCUUACCAGCCUUGCCGGUCGGCGCUAUUGACUGGUCAUCGAAGGUCUCUCCGGCUCAGCGUUCCACCUUUGGAGAUGAUGAAGAUGCCAGUGACACGGACGACGAGGCCGCAGAGGUGGACAAGGCAACGAGAUUGUGGGACGGUACGCGACUUGAAAGGAGCGCGGCAAGAGAGCUUCUCAGGGGCCUAUUGGAGCCAGAUGCGGGACUGAGAUGGACCUUGUCAGAUGUCGAGCAAUGCGCGUUCUUGCAGCAAGGUGGAAAGGGUGCUCUGCCGGACAAUCAAGAUCCUGGGAACCAAGCAGACAGUGUGAUCAACUCUACGGCGCCCCAUGACGCUGCACCAGCUCAGUCAGACGACCAGAACGCCGCUAAGACACUUUCGUUCGAGAGAAGGCCUCCAUCGCAUGAACGUUCAAAAGAUCGAGACUCAAGCCUGAGCCGAUCGCGACCGGCUCGCCUGAGCUUAGGUCCUCAUGAUGCGGUGGGAGCAGAGCGAAGUCCGACAGGGCCACCCGUGCUGGCCAGCCAGACGGAAUUCCUUGACGUCUCACGGCCCGACGGUCAGGCUCUCGAGCACGAUCAGAGGGGCAGACAGCACAGGCGAAUGGCAGAUGUGCUUGAGAAUGUUCGCUCGGAUCAUUCCCUCACAACCUCGAGUAGCGAACGGCCCAUUCCUCUAAAGUCCGCCGCGCAGAGUUGCAGCCGCAGUCGCAGUCGAAGUCGUUCUGGGGCAGGCUGGGAACCAAGAAAGGCGUCUCAGUCAGGGCCUCCCGCGAAAGACGAUGCAUCCUUGGGAGCAGGAUGCGACCAAAGCAUAUUCCAGCAGCCACAAGCCCCUCGUCGGCCUGGACUGCAGGCUCGUGCGUCCUCUGCCGAACUGCUAUCUCACGUGCCAGCAGAGUAUGGCCCUGCGAUGCAGCGACGGCCCUCGCGAAGCGUCAGUCGCACCAGAAAUUCACAGAAGAGUGAGGCAGGCGUCAGCUCAGAGAGGCGCUCAGUUGGACGAAGCAGCACAAGUCGGAGCCGCAGCCGAGCUCCGGAUGCUUUGGCCAGUCUGCUGAGAAACUCUCAGCAGAAUGAGGAGAGCGGAGGAAGUACGCGUGGUGCGCGCUCUUCGACAAUGUCGUCUAACCGCUCAACGCACGGAUCGUCUUCCUCAUCGAGUCCUGGGCCGAGAGAGCAUGUGCGCAGCCCACUCUCUCUCCAGUGUGCGACUGGAGCGACAAUUUAUCGCGAAGACUCAAGUCGGGCUCUAAGUGAUGAAGCACCCCUUCCUCAGCACGAAGAGGAGCACGCUCACUGGUGGCAGCGUGGGAGAACGAGGGAUUCGAGACGGCAUGCACAGGCUACUCCUGACACUGCCGUUGAUGACGGCACCAAAAGUUCGAGGUGGCCCUGGCAUUAA